AUGGUAGCUUCACAAAAACUUUCGAAGAUUCAGACCCAGUUGAAGCAGAUACAACGAUCGUGGCCGGUGGAUCCGUUGAGACUCAACCAGCCUGACCUGCAAUUCUCCGCUUCAAUCUCCAAAGCCAUCGACCGCAUCUUCUCAAACACCUAUAAAAGCGAUCUCAACCGUUCAAUUUCGCCCCAAGAGCUCGAAGAACGCACUUUGAAGGGCGCAGAACGCAUGUGGUCAAGCCUCGAGAAUCUUUCGAACGGGAGUAUCUCAAAACAAUAUCCCUUCCCCCAAUCGAUGCGGAAUCCUGCCUCAUUUCCAGGGCAUUACGAAGAACUAAACGAGGGCGUCCAACGAGCAAUCCGAGGAGAAUCGUUGCCCUGGUAUCGGAGAUGGAUCCGUUUCACUUAA